CCCAUUUUUCUCCUUCACCACCUGGCUUUGCUCAAUCAUUAGUCAUACCUCCUUUCCUGCUUUCCUUCUCGGAAGAGCAGAGUGGACCAAGGGAGCCAUAAAAUAUGAAGAUCUUGUUACUCUUUGCUGUUUUCUUCUGGGUGGUCCAAGAAAACUCAGGGGACAUACCACCUGGAAUCAGAAAUACUAUCUGCCUCAUGCAGAAAGGCCACUGCAGACUUUUCAGGUGCCGUUUUGGUGAGAAAAAGGGGGACAUCUGCUCUGACCCCUGGAACAGAUGCUGCAUCCCCAUUUCCCUUAACAACGGAGAUAGCUAACAGCAUGCAAGAGCUAGGAUCUGGGGGAGCAAGCUCCUGGAAGGUGGAGACCC